AUGAAACAAGAGAUAACUUUCGCUCCAAUUCCAUUUGGAAUGAUCUCGGUUCUGGUGGUGAUACUUAUUGGAUUCUUGUAUGGCAUCACCACCAUCGAUCGAAACAUCUAUCAAUUAAUCAAAGCGGCGCGGCACGAUCAAAUGAUCGAAAAUGUGGAAAAUGAAGGGACCUUGCUGCUAAUUUGCAUCGGCUUUCCAAUGACUUUGUUGCUCAUCAUGAUCGGCAUCGGCAUGAAUUCAUGGACAGCAUCCUCCGGCAUCCAGCUCAAGCGCCGCUACAUCUUCAAAACUCGAAAUUAUUAUUUUCUGAUUGAAGACAUCUGUUUUCGCCCCUCCUCUUCUACCUCCGUGGGAAGCUGA